AUGAAGGUCUACGACUUCAAACAGGCCUUCCAUCAGAUGUGCUUCUGGAUCUCCCACCGGGAGAAUGUUCGCAACGAAACGGGCAGAGACGAGACUGGAGAGGUAAGCAAUUGGGAGUUUGUGAUGUGGAGGUUAUCCACGGUAGAUUUCGGCAAAAUUCAAUCAGUUUAAAUUGUAAUAUCAUUGCUUUUUCAGCGAUUCAUCUCCCAAAUGCGAGCUCUUUGCGUCAGAUGCAUGUACAACGUGGAUUGGAGCGAAGGAGCCAGCCCCGACUUCAACAAGACCCCAUGCGCCGGAGUUCUAUGUAAAUGGGUAAGGCUUUGGGUCUAAGAUUGAAGUUGGGAAAUUGUAUUAUUGAUGGCAUUUUGAUGGGUAGUGCAGGGAAAUGUGACAUUUUUACAUUCGAUGUCAAGUGUAAUAUAAUUGUUGGCUUUAAUUAGUUUCAAAAUGCAAAUAUGAAGUGAGCAAGUAGCCUAAAUGUCCUUUUAUAUGUUUUUAUGUCUAGACUGGGAUAUUGAUUAUAUUAUACAUGGCAGAUUUCUAUCUGAUGUCAAGUAUAAUAUAAUUUUUGCCCCGAAUUUGCUCCAAAACGCUUUCAUAAAGUAAAUUAAAGUAAAAUCAAGUGUCUAUCAGUUUUUAAGGCAAGAUUUGGCGAUUAAUUAUAUUAAGGAUGUAAUUUUUAUGUUAGCCAUCAAGUGCAAUAUAAUUUUCAUCAUUUUUGAGUUCACAAUAUAACUGUAUUUUCAGUGAGUAGUAUUGUAAUAUUCGAUCCUUUUGAGGGGUAAAUGGUAAUAAAAGGCACCUUUUACUCCAAGAAGCAAGUGAUUUAGUGGUAUUGUACUUGCUUGCGAAAGACUUUGUGGAAUUUUAUAUUGUUCAUAAGAUAUCAGUCCGUUCGUAAGGUCGCUGGAAUGACUACGUGAACAGUCAAGAAUCCAGGGAUUUUGACUGUUGUUAGGAUGCGCAAGGGUAGCUCAAAUUAAAAACUGGAAACAAGUCGGACUGACCAAAAAAUAGUAGAUUUGAAAACCUUAUUUUAGACAUCUUUUGCUGCUAAAUCCUUUCAUAACGAAGCAAUUGCCUGAAUUCGGUUUCCUAUGAGCAUAAUUGGAGUAGUUCUUUUAAAAUUCCAAAAAAACUGCGAUGUAGGUGACUAAAAUAAUAUUUUAAAAAUCGGUAUAUUUUGACUCAGCUAUGUCCACUUUGAUCUAAAAAGUCAGUAAGAGCAUAAUUACUGACAUCCGCACCAUUUUGGAAGCUGUUGUGAGAACCUUGUUUUAGGUGAUAGUGACCAUUUUUGAAAUCGGCGCAGCAAGGUUGAAACCAACUCCAAAAGUUGAGCGUCGCCUUAGAAAGCUAUCUCAAUUCACAUAGAUGGUUUUAAAACUUUGACUUCAGUCUUAAACUUCUAUUAUUUUUGGCAUAGGAUCAGGUAUGCUACUAUGUAUAAGGCAAAACUUUUUUUCGGCCUGGGAGUUGAAAUUUUUGCAAUCAAUCUCCGUUUACAAAAUGUUAUGAGAUAAUAUGGGUCAUUUAUUUGACUAUUUAACGCUGUUGGAUAUUAAAACUUGAAUAAAGUAAUAUGGUCCAUAAGGUAAAAAACUUAAAACCGAAUCUACUUUUUAAUUGUUUGACCGAUUUGCUUCAAACUUUGCAUGCUAUCUUAGAAUACGAUAUUCUGAAGAUCGUUGCAAUCGCAUGCUUCAAUAGUUUUAGACAAGUUAUUGGGCCGCAAAGUUCGCAAAAAUUCGAUUUUCUCUGGCGUUUUUCCGCGAACCCGGUGGCCCAAAGGCGCCAAGAUUUACUAAUUUAAAAAUUAUGAGUCAUUGGCAAUGUUUUAAUUGCAGGUUCAUGUUAUUUUGUGCAUUACCCACUGCACAGUCAGCUAAAACAUUAGAGGUCCUUAAAAAACCGAAUGCCAAAAAUCUUGGCGAAUGCCUGACUGAACCCCCCAUGACUGAACCCCCCUGACUGAACCCCCCUGACUGAACCCCCCAAUGACUGGACCCCCCCUGACUGAACCCCUCACCCCUGUUCGAGGGAACCCCCCCUGACUGAACCCCCCAAAUUGAAUAAAAACCUUGGCGUUCUGCUAAAAUAUGGCCAAAUUGAAAAAAAUGUGGCCAAAUUGAAAAAAAUGUGGCCAAGUGGAAAAAAAUGUGGCCAAAUUGAAAAAAAUGUGGCCAAGUGGAAAAAAAUGUGGCCAAGUGGGAAAAAAUGUGGCCAAAUUGAAAAAAAUGUGGCCAAGUGGGAAAAAAUGUGGCCAAAUAGAAAAAAAUGUGGCCAAGUGGGAAAAAAUGUGGCCAAAUUGAAAAAAAUGUGGCCAAGUGGAAAAAAAUGUGGCCAAAUUGAAAAAAAUGUGAAAGUGAAUUGUUUUUUUGAAUUGUUGCGUCGUUGAUGUGAGCCGGCUCUCGAAUAAUUAUCCGGGACAGAUACGCUUUAGGAAACACUGACCACCUUUGUCAAGGGGUUUAGAGAUAUUUUUAUAGUGCUGUCACUGGUGUUUUUACGUGUUAAUUUUUUAUUUUUCAGAGAUCCUCUCUCGAUACACACCACCGAAAGGAUGACAGAGAAAAAACAAUUAAAAGGCAAAAAGUAGAAGAGCCAAAAAAAAAUUGAAAAGGCCAAAAAAAAGAAGAGCCAAAAAAUGAAAAGGCCAAAAAAUCAAAAAAAAAGAAGAGCCAAAAAAAUAAUAAAAAAGGCAAAAAAUUAUAUUUUUUGAAAAAAUAAGAUAAAGAAAAAAUAAAAAAGUAACAAAAAAACGUAAAAAAUGAAAAAAUAAAUAAAAAAGCUUUUUUAAUUGACCCCUCAUCUAUUGUAUUUAUCUAUUGUAUUUGUAUUUAAUUUCUAUUGCCUAUUGUAUCUAUUGUAUUUGUCUCAUUUAUUGUAUUUGUAUUUAAUUUCUAUUGUCUAUUGUAUCUAUUGUAUUUGUCUCAUUUAUUGUAUUUGUAUUUUAUUUAUCACGGCUUUUUAACAUGUAAGUUGUCGGUUUAUACUUGUUUUAGCGUAGUCUUUAAUCUCAAAUUAUAUGAUUCAUCUUUGCAGAAAAUGACCCCGGAAAGCAAUGGAUCCUUCGAAAACUGCACCAAUUUAACAACGGCACUCCCGGCCCAGGACGGCACCUACAUGGCCGAAAUCCAAACCAACGAUUUACACAACAUGGAAUGUAAGCUGGGUUUUUUGGUAGUUGAGAAAAUUAGGGAAUUCUUCAGAUUGUUGUCACUUGUUUUUUUUUUUUUUUUUGGUGGUUCUUCAAUUUUUUUUAUAUAAAGCGGGAGAUAAAAGAUUUUCUGAAAAAUUUUUGAAAUUUUUCUGUUUUUACUUGUUUUUUUAAAAAAAAGUAAAUUUUCAGUUUACUUUCCGGAAAAUGCAAAAAAAAGUCAAUUUUUUGUUUGGCUUUCCGACUUCAAGGUCGGGAGUAGGACCGGAUCUUACUCCCCGCUCGGAGUCGAGGAAAGUCAGAGCUUGUUUUUACUUUCUUCCUCUUUUUGGCCCCGCACUGCAGGUUGCAAGGUUGACGCCAAGUCUUUCCCUGAUGUGUCAAGUUUUUCUCUUACGAAAAAAUUGUUUUUAUGUUUGUGCGAUGUUGUGAAGCUAUGUUCUCCACGAAGAUGGGCUGAAAAGUGAUCAAGUAAGUUAGCAUUAGCAAGAGGAGAUGUACGUUUUUCAUUUGACACCAAAAAAUUCCCUGUUAUUUCAGAGAAAGGUACAAAAUUUUUCCAAUUCGUAAAGUUUCAUGACCAUGGAUAAUGUAAGUGAGAUUAUCUCGUUUUUUGCUACGACGUCAAGAUUCUAAGUCGGGAAACGUUUAGAGGAGACCCCACUCUCAUGUAUAUUCUAUAUGUAUGAAACCCCAUAAAUUUUGAGGAAUAACGACUUAAAAAAUUCAAAUACUAUACUAACUUUCCAAAAAGUAUGUUAUACGAAAGUAAAACCUAUGCAAACUAUCUUCAAGUUAUUGCAACAACGUUAUUUGAGCCUUAUUACGUUAUUACCUCAGUUUAGAACGCAUUCGGGCAAAAAUCCGGCAGAUCUGAGCAGAUUUCGAUAUUGUACAUGACACCUAGAAAUCGAAAUUGAUGGCGUUUGAUAGAUGGAGAAUAUAACAAAACUAAAGAGUGCGGUGUCCUCUAGAACGAGAUAAGCGCACUUACAUUAUCCAUGGUCGUGAAAAACUAGGUUUACGAAUUGGAGAAAUUCUGUACCUUUCCCUGAAAUAAAAGGAAAAUAUUUGGUGUCAAUUGAAAGAAGAACACCUGCUCUUACUAAUAACAACUUACUUGUCUAGUAUUCAUGCCAUCUUCAUGUAGAAACAGGCUAUAUCGAAAAGAGGGGAAAAAUAAUUUUCUUACGGGGGAGAAAUUUGACACAUCUGGGAAUUCCCGGGUGAUCAAGGGCGCAGCUCACAAAAAUAGUUUUGAAGAAAAUAAAUUGGUGAGUAAAAACGGCGUCUUACUCACCAGCCAAAAUGGGCGAGCCAUUUUUGUUUCGACUUUCCGGAUCGAACUUUUGGCGAGCCAUUUUUGAUCCAACUUUCCAAAAAUUUGUCGUUCGGAGUAAGAAUGUUUUUUGACUUUAAGAAAUCGAAAAUUUCCGGAAAUUUUUCAAAAUUUACUUUUUUUUUUUAAAAAAAGUGAAAACAGAAAAAUUUCAAAAAUUUUUCAGAAAAUCUUUUAUCUCCCGCUUUAUAUGAUCUAUAUUUUCAGAAACGCAGCUCUCGAAUCAGUGAAUCUUUGGAACACAUUUCCCGACCCUACUUUCAAUGUCCCAAUUCCGGCCCAGGACGGCACCUACAUGGCCGAGACCCUAACCAACGAUUUAGACAACAUGGAAUGCAAGUUUUGAUGGUUUUUUGUAGUUGAGGAUACUAGUCCGUUCGUAAAGUCGCUGGAAUGAUUUCGGCGACGUGCACUGUGCAAGAAAACUCAGGGUGCGAGCGACAGCCCCAAAAAGCCUAUUGCACUGUGCAAAAAGCCAAAAAUUGCAAAGUGAACUUUCGGUUUCGCGGAGUGCAUGUCGCCGAAAACAUUCCAGCGACUUUACGAACGGACUAGUAUUAGGGAACUGUUCGGAUUGUUGUCACUUGUUUUUUGAUGGUUCUUCAAUUGAUUUCUGUAUUUUCAGAUAUUGCUCCAAGAUUUCUUCACUGCUUUUCGGAUGUAAAAUGAAAAAAAAGAAAAAAAUAAAAAAAAGAAAAAAAAUAAAAAAAAAAAAUUAAAAAAAAAGAAAAAAUAAAAAAAAAGAAAAAAAUUAAAAAAAAAGAAAAAAAUAAAAAAAAAGAAAAAAAUUAAAAAAAAGAAAAAAAUAAAAAAAGAAAAAAAAAAAUAUUUUUUAAGUAACCCGUAUCCUUCUUCUCUCUUCUUCUCUUCUAAUUUUACUCGCCUAAUAGUUUACUGCCCAUUUGUAUCAAUGUAAGUUGUUAUUUCGUUCUUGAAUUUUCCUGGAUUUUUCUUAAAUUAUAUGACCUAUCUUUUCAGAAACCCAGCUCUCAAAUCAGUGAAUCUUUGGAACACAUUUCCCGACCCUACUUUCAAUGUCCCAAUUCCGGCCCAGGACGGCACCUACAUGGCCGAGACCCUAACCAACGAUUUAGACAACAUGGAAUGUAAGUUUUGAUGGUUUUUUUGUAGUUGAGGAAAUAUUAGGGAAUUCUUCAUGAGAUUGUUGUCACUUGUUUUUUUGGUGGUUCUUCAAUUGAUUAUUUUAUUUUCAGAUUUUUGCUCCAAGAUUUCACUGCCCUACCCCAAAUGUUUACCACCCAUUUUUGGCUAUGUAAGUUGUUGUUUCACCCUUGAUUUUAGCCUGGAUUUUUCUCAAACUAACAAGGGCUCGGCAAAACCUCGUCCCCUGGUUUCUUCUUGAAACAUACACCAUUUGAAAGAGCGCAAAAAACUGGUUUAGGAUCACCUUUAAUUAGCUGCUAAGAUUCACUUACGUGCUAGCUAGUGAGCAUUUUUUAGUUCUAAGCUAGCCUCACCCUUCUUUCGAGAAAACAAAGGCGAUCGAUUUCAAAAGCACAGCGGAGCAGUGCUUCGGUGGUCGAGUGGGGUAAGGCGCAAUUGCCUGAAUUCGGUUUCCUAUGAGCAUAAUUGGAGUAGUUCUUUUAAAAUUCCAAAAAAACUGCGAUGUAGGUGACUAAAAUAAUAUUUUAAAAAUCGGUAUAUUUUGACUCAGCUAUGUCCACUUUGAUCUAAAAAGUCAGUAAGAGCAUAAUUACUGACAUCCGCACCAUUUUGGAAGCUGUUGUGAGAACCUUGUUUUAGGUGAUAGUGACCAUUUUUGAAAUCGGCGCAGCAAGGUUGAAACCAACUCCAAAAGUUGAGCGUCGCCUUAGAAAGCUAUCUCAAUUCACAUAGAUGGUUUUAAAACUUUGACUUCAGUCUUAAACUUCUAUUAUUUUUGGCAUAGGAUCAGGUAUGCUACUAUGUAUAAGGCAAAACUUUUUUUCGGCCUGGGAGUUGAAAUUUUUGCAAUCAAUCUCCGUUUACAAAAUGUUAUGAGAUAAUAUGGGUCAUUUAUUUGACUAUUUAACGCUGUUGGAUAUUAAAACUUGAAUAAAGUAAUAUGGUCCAUAAGGUAAAAAACUUAAAACCGAAUCUACUUUUUAAUUGUUUGACCGAUUUGCUUCAAACUUUGCAUGCUAUCUUAGAAUACGAUAUUCUGAAGAUCGUUGCAAUCGCAUGCUUCAAUAGUUUUAGACAAGUUAUUGGGCCGCAAAGUUCGCAAAAAUUCGAUUUUCUCUGGCGUUUUUCCGCGAACCCGGUGGCCCAAAGGCGCCAAGAUUUACUAAUUUAAAAAUUAUGAGUCAUUGGCAAUGUUUUAAUUGCAGGUUCAUGUUAUUUUGUGCAUUACCCACUGCACAGUCAGCUAAAACAUUAGAGGUCCUUAAAAAACCGAAUGCCAAAAAUCUUGGCGAAUGCCUGACUGAACCCCCAUGACUGAACCCCCUGACUGAACCCCCUGACUGAACCCCCCAAUGACUGGACCCCCCUGACUGAACCCCUCACCCCUGUUCGAGGGAACCCCCCCUGACUGAACCCCCCAAAUUGAAUAAAAACCUUGGCGUUCUGCUAAAAUAUGGCCAAAUUGAAAAAAAUGUGGCCAAAUUGAAAAAAAUGUGGCCAAGUGGAAAAAAAUGUGGCCAAACUGAAAAAAAUGUGGCCAAGUGGAAAAAAAUGUGGCCAAGUGGGAAAAAAUGUGGCCAAAUUGAAAAAAAUGUGGCCAAGUGGGAAAAAAUGUGGCCAAAUAGAAAAAAAUGUGGCCAAGUGGGAAAAAAUGUGGCCAAAUUGAAAAAAAUGUGGCCAAGUGGAAAAAAAUGUGGCCAAAUUGAAAAAAAUGUGAAAGUGAAUUGUUUUUUUGAAUUGUUGCGUCGUUGAUGUGAGCCGGCUCUCGAAUAAUUAUCCGGGACAGAUACGCUUUAGGAAACACUGACCACCUUUGUCAAGGGGUUUAGAGAUAUUUUUAUAGUGCUGUCACUGGUGUUUUUACGUGUUAAUUUUUUAUUUUUCAGAGAUCCUCUCUCGAUACACACCACCGAAAGGAUGACAGAGAAAAAACAAUUAAAAGGCAAAAAGUAGAAGAGCCAAAAAAAAAUUGAAAAGGCCAAAAAAAAGAAGAGCCAAAAAAUGAAAAGGCCAAAAAAUCAAAAAAAAAGAAGAGCCAAAAAAAUAAUAAAAAAGGCAAAAAAUUAUAUUUUUUGAAAAAAUAAGAUAAAGAAAAAAUAAAAAAGUAACAAAAAAACGUAAAAAAUGAAAAAAUAAAUAAAAAAGCUUUUUUAAUUGACCCCUCAUCUAUUGUAUUUAUCUAUUGUAUUUGUAUUUAAUUUCUAUUGCCUAUUGUAUCUAUUGUAUUUGUCUCAUUUAUUGUAUUUGUAUUUAAUUUCUAUUGUCUAUUGUAUCUAUUGUAUUUGUCUCAUUUAUUGUAUUUGUAUUUUAUUUAUCACGGCUUUUUAACAUGUAAGUUGUCGGUUUAUACUUGUUUUAGCGUAGUCUUUAAUCUCAAAUUAUAUGAUUCAUCUUUGCAGAAAAUGACCCCGGAAAGCAAUGGAUCCUUCGAAAACUGCACCAAUUUAACAACGGCACUCCCGGCCCAGGACGGCACCUACAUGGCCGAAAUCCAAACCAACGAUUUACACAACAUGGAAUGUAAGCUGGGUUUUUUGGUAGUUGAGAAAAUUAGGGAAUUCUUCAGAUUGUUGUCACUUGUUUUUUUUUUUUUUUUUGGUGGUUCUUCAAUUUUUUUUAUAUAAAGCGGGAGAUAAAAGAUUUUCUGAAAAAUUUUUGAAAUUUUUCUGUUUUUACUUGUUUUUUUAAAAAAAAGUAAAUUUUCAGUUUACUUUCCGGAAAAUGCAAAAAAAAGUCAAUUUUUUGUUUGGCUUUCCGACUUCAAGGUCGGGAGUAGGACCGGAUCUUACUCCCCGCUCGGAGUCGAGGAAAGUCAGAGCUUGUUUUUACUUUCUUCCUCUUUUUGGCCCCGCACUGCAGGUUGCAAGGUUGACGCCAAGUCUUUCCCUGAUGUGUCAAGUUUUUCUCUUACGAAAAAAUUGUUUUUAUGUUUGUGCGAUGUUGUGAAGCUAUGUUCUCCACGAAGAUGGGCUGAAAAGUGAUCAAGUAAGUUAGCAUUAGCAAGAGGAGAUGUACGUUUUUCAUUUGACACCAAAAAAUUCCCUGUUAUUUCAGAGAAAGGUACAAAAUUUUUCCAAUUCGUAAAGUUUCAUGACCAUGGAUAAUGUAAGUGAGAUUAUCUCGUUUUUUGCUACGACGUCAAGAUUCUAAGUCGGGAAACGUUUAGAGGAGACCCCACUCUCAUGUAUAUUCUAUAUGUAUGAAACCCCAUAAAUUUUGAGGAAUAACGACUUAAAAAAUUCAAAUACUAUACUAACUUUCCAAAAAGUAUGUUAUACGAAAGUAAAACCUAUGCAAACUAUCUUCAAGUUAUUGCAACAACGUUAUUUGAGCCUUAUUACGUUAUUACCUCAGUUUAGAACGCAUUCGGGCAAAAAUCCGGCAGAUCUGAGCAGAUUUCGAUAUUGUACAUGACACCUAGAAAUCGAAAUUGAUGGCGUUUGAUAGAUGGAGAAUAUAACAAAACUAAAGAGUGCGGUGUCCUCUAGAACGAGAUAAGCGCACUUACAUUAUCCAUGGUCGUGAAAAACUAGGUUUACGAAUUGGAGAAAUUCUGUACCUUUCCCUGAAAUAAAAGGAAAAUAUUUGGUGUCAAUUGAAAGAAGAACACCUGCUCUUACUAAUAACAACUUACUUGUCUAGUAUUCAUGCCAUCUUCAUGUAGAAACAGGCUAUAUCGAAAAGAGGGGAAAAAUAAUUUUCUUACGGGGGAGAAAUUUGACACAUCUGGGAAUUCCCGGGUGAUCAAGGGCGCAGCUCACAAAAAUAGUUUUGAAGAAAAUAAAUUGGUGAGUAAAAACGGCGUCUUACUCACCAGCCAAAAUGGGCGAGCCAUUUUUGUUUCGACUUUCCGGAUCGAACUUUUGGCGAGCCAUUUUUGAUCCAACUUUCCAAAAAUUUGUCGUUCGGAGUAAGAAUGUUUUUUGACUUUAAGAAAUCGAAAAUUUCCGGAAAUUUUUCAAAAUUUACUUUUUUUUUUUAAAAAAAGUGAAAACAGAAAAAUUUCAAAAAUUUUUCAGAAAAUCUUUUAUCUCCCGCUUUAUAUGAUCUAUAUUUUCAGAAACGCAGCUCUCGAAUCAGUGAAUCUUUGGAACACAUUUCCCGACCCUACUUUCAAUGUCCCAAUUCCGGCCCAGGACGGCACCUACAUGGCCGAGACCCUAACCAACGAUUUAGACAACAUGGAAUGCAAGUUUUGAUGGUUUUUUGUAGUUGAGGAUACUAGUCCGUUCGUAAAGUCGCUGGAAUGAUUUCGGCGACGUGCACUGUGCAAGAAAACUCAGGGUGCGAGCGACAGCCCCAAAAAGCCUAUUGCACUGUGCAAAAAGCCAAAAAUUGCAAAGUGAACUUUCGGUUUCGCGGAGUGCAUGUCGCCGAAAACAUUCCAGCGACUUUACGAACGGACUAGUAUUAGGGAACUGUUCGGAUUGUUGUCACUUGUUUUUUGAUGGUUCUUCAAUUGAUUUCUGUAUUUUCAGAUAUUGCUCCAAGAUUUCUUCACUGCUUUUCGGAUGUAAAAUGAAAAAAAAGAAAAAAAUAAAAAAAAGAAAAAAAUAAAAAAAAAAAAUUAAAAAAAAAAGAAAAAAUAAAAAAAAGAAAAAAAUUAAAAAAAAAGAAAAAAAUAAAAAAAAAGAAAAAAAUUAAAAAAAAGAAAAAAAUAAAAAAAAGAAAAAAAAAAAAAAUAUUUUUUUAAGUAACCCGUAUCCUUCUUCUCUCUUCUUCUCUUCUAAUUUUACUCGCCUAAUAGUUUACUGCCCAUUUGUAUCAAUGUAAGUUGUUAUUUCGUUCUUGAAUUUUCCUGGAUUUUUCUUAAAUUAUAUGACCUAUCUUUUCAGAAACCCAGCUCUCAAAUCAGUGAAUCUUUGGAACACAUUUCCCGACCCUACUUUCAAUGUCCCAAUUCCGGCCCAGGACGGCACCUACAUGGCCGAGACCCUAACCAACGAUUUAGACAACAUGGAAUGUAAGUUUUGAUGGUUUUUUUUGUAGUUGAGGAAAUAUUAGGGAAUUCUUCAUGAGAUUGUUGUCACUUGUUUUUUUGGUGGUUCUUCAAUUGAUUAUUUUAUUUUCAGAUUUUUGCUCCAAGAUUUCACUGCCCUACCCCAAAUGUUUACCACCCAUUUUUGGCUAUGUAAGUUGUUGUUUCACCCUUGAUUUUAGCCUGGAUUUUUCUCAAACUAACAAGGGCUCGGCAAAACCUCGUCCCCUGGUUUCUUCUUGAAACAUACACCAUUUGAAAGAGCGCAAAAAACUGGUUUAGGAUCACCUUUAAUUAGCUGCUAAGAUUCACUUACGUGCUAGCUAGUGAGCAUUUUUUAGUUCUAAGCUAGCCUCACCCUUCUUUCGAGAAAACAAAGGCGAUCGAUUUCAAAAGCACAGCGGAGCAGUGCUUCGGUGGUCGAGUGGGGUAAGGCGCUGUACAAGGAGGACCUGCAGACCAGGUUCGAAUCCCCUUUUGAAUUUUUUGAUUUUUUUGGCUAUUAUGAAUGAGCAGGGCUGGCAGAUAGCCUUUAAUUUUGAAAUUGAUUUUUGAGGUACCAUGGAUUUGUUUUGUACGAAAAAUCGACAACUUUUUUUGAUUUUUUUUGAUAUAGGGGGUACUUGGGGCUGCAGCGGGAACCCAAGAUGGACGAAACUUUCAACGACUUUAAAAUUUUUUACUAGGAAAGCCCAUUUAUGGAAAGCACAUGAAAAACGAGUCUGAAAACGGUCUACAUGUUUAAAACCUCCUAGUUUGCUUGGGUUACAGGACCUAAAACAUCGCGUUACCAGUCAUUGUGAACAUCGACCUGAGAGUUUCAAGCUUGAUAAAAAUUUUAUAUUUUUUGAACUUGGUGGAAGCGUUCAAUGUCAUAGGUGACUAAUAUUUUUAUGAAAAGUGAUUAUUCGAUCUCGUUGACCUCUUAGAAGAAAAGAGUCCCAAAAUCUAAUUGGGAUUUUUUUAAAAACGUCCGCUAGCUAGCACGUAAGAGAAUCUUAGCAGCUAAUUGAAGGUGAUCCUAGACCAGUUUUUUGCGCUCUUUCAAAUGGUGUAUGUUUCAAGAAGAAACCAGGGGACGAGGUUUUGCCGAGCCCUUGUAAGGGAUAUAUUUUCAGAAACCUAAACAUCACCUUCACUCCCGCCACACCCCUUUCCAUUUGCAACACCCAUCCUCCCCUCCCACUCGCACCGCACCCCUCCUCCAUUCCACUCCCACCUCACUCCUCCCCCAUCACACUCUCUUCAGAAUGUAAGUUUCGUGGUUUAUUGGUAGUUGAGGAAAUUAUAGUGAGGGACCUGAUCCAAUGGCAUAAAACGUCUCCUUUUGCAUCCCGGAAGGUACCAAAAUGACCCCAAACCAUUCCCUUCUGUAAGCUGAAAAACUCCGCUUUGAAAAGCGCGCCCUUUCCUUCACGGCGGGCUCUUCAAAUCGGGGUUUUUUAGCUUAGAGAACGGAAGGGUUUGGAGACAUUUUGAUGCGUUUCGGGAUGCAAAAUGAGACGUUUUUUGCCAUUGGAUCCGGUCACUGUAUAGAUGGCUUGAGAUUAUUGUCAAUUCUUUUUUUGAGUGUUCUUCAAUUUAUUCUUUUGAUUUGCAGAGAUCUCCAAGCCCCAUGCAACGGAUACCUUUAAAAAAGAAAAAAUAGUAAAAAUAGAAAAAAAGAAUAAAAAAAGAAAAAAAAAAAAUUAAAAAGAAAAAAAAAUAAAAAAAAGAACAAUAUAAAAAAAUAAUUUUUUCCUUAUCCUUUUCUUGUAAAAUUUGAUUCGCCUAUUAGUUUACGACCCAUCUGUCAAACCAGUGGAUCUUUGGAGCACAUUUCCCGACUGCUACUUUCAAUGCCUCAACUUCGGCCCAGGACGGCACUAUAUGGCCGAGACUCAAACCAACGUCAGAAACAUCAUGGAAUGUAAGUUCUGAUGGCUUUUUUUGGUAGUUGAGGAAAUAUUAGGGAAUUUUUCGGAUCGUUGUCACUUUUUUUGUGGUUCUUCAAUUGAUUAUUUUAUUUUCAGAUAUUGCUCCAAGAUUUCACUGCGUACCCCUAAUGUAAAUUUUCCCCUCAUCGUAUAUGAUUUAUCACCAUUUUUUUUUAACUACGUAAGUUAUCGUUUUAUACCUUUUUAGCUUAUUUUUUAAUCUCAAAUUAUGUGAUCUAUAUUUGCAGAAAAUCCUCCCGGAUUGCAAUGGAUCCUUGGAAAACAACGCAAAUUCAACAGCAUCACUCCCAACUUCGGCCCAGGACGGCACCAUAUGGCCGAGACUCAAACCAACGACAGAAACAUCAUGGAAUGUAAGUUUUGAUGGCUUUUUCUUGGUAGUUGAGGAAAUAUUAGGGAAUUCUUCUUGAGAUUGUUGUUGCUUGUUUUUUUGGUUGUUUUUCAAUAUGAAUUGUUCGGAUCGUUGUCACUUUUUUUGUGGUUCUUCAAUUGAUUAUUUUAUUUUCAGAUUUUUGCUCCAAGAUUUCACUGCCCUACCCCAAAUGUUUACCACCCAUUUUUGGCUAUGUAAGUUGUUGUUUCACCCUUGAUUUUAGCCUGGAUUUUUCUCAAACCAAGGGAUAUAUUUUCAGAAACCUAAACAUCACCUUCACUCCCGCCACACCCCUUUCCAUUUGCAACACCCAUCCUCCCCUCCCACUCGCACCGCACACGUCAAAACAAUUCUUUCAGAAAAUUGA